AAAUAUCUUGGGAAUGGAGAGGUGAUGCUUUUUGCGAGUGACGCUGUCCCGUCGGAUUUCUAUCGGUUAACUUGGGGAGAUGGAGUAGCUUGAUGGCCUCUUCUAAAACCCGGAUGGCUGGAAUGUGACCCUUUGCUCUUCAAUCGGUGUUGACGGAUUCACGAUCAGGGUCUUGUAAACUUUUUACCAAUCACUAAGUCAACAGGGUACCUGCUCAUCCCUAUAACUAGGAGCUAGAAGGAAAUGUUCAUCGCUUUCUUUCCAUCUUCCAUCACUCUCAAAAACUUGUUCAUCAAUACUUUUUGUAUUUCCCACUUUCAAUCACAACCCGCUUGAGCAUAAAAAGACUUGCAGUCGACAAAAGCUCUUCCAUCUUCAAAUACAGACGCCUCAAGAUAUCAUCCGCCCACACCAUGAACACAAAUUCAGAGCGGACUUUCCACCGCUUCUCUCAGCUCCCAAGAGAACUCAGGGAUAUGAUUUGGAAUGGCGCAAUGCGCCAGAUUGAACUCCCAGGCGUGCAUUUCUUCUCUCAGACCUUCACAGACGACAACUGCCUGUCACUCCAGCGUCGCCAUUAUUGUGAUGGCUCUAGUGGCGUUGACGUCUUUGCGGCCCCCGAAACCCCCCUCCAAUUCUCGAAUGGACCAACCUCCUGGACAAACGAAAACCCCUCAUCGUACAUGAUUGAUGGUGGUAUGUGGACAGCUUGCCGGGAGUCGAGAGCAGCCAUGGAGCGUCGUUACAACACCGCUGCUAGGUAUACGCUGACUCCCCCUUCUGAAAUCAAUCCCGACGAGGGCGACGCAUACACUGCGACAAACUUUUUCGCUCGUGAUGGCGAAACCCAAGCCAUCACCAUCUUGCCGUACAGGGAUCUGGUUUGUUUGACUUCCUUCUCGGAGGUUCUUCGGAUCCAAGAACCUUUCCCUGCGUGCCGUGGAUUCCAGAAUCCUGUCAAUUUCGCCAUCAAAUACAAUCCGGCUUGGGACAUAAUCGGAAACCCUCCAGGCUCAGUCGAGGAAUGGCUAUCGGUUUUAUAUUCAACCAAUUUUGAUAAAGUUGUGGAUUAUGUUCUUGAUCGCAACAGUACGGCUGAAAAAUUAUGGUUCAUCGAUUACCGACUGGAAAGGGAUGAGUUGGAAAAUUGCAACGUGGUGUUCUACGGUGAUGGAUUUCGACUGGUUGAAUGUCCCCACACUUGGGGGUUUAUCGAAUAUUUUGAUAACAUGGUUGAAGCCUCUGUGUAUAGCAGGAUAGAGAUGGAAACAGGGGGAGAAGGUGAUAUCAAUGAUCUCGAAGGAAUCGGGCCAUACACAUUUGGGAUGCUCUCUUUUCUUCCUGAUGAUUAAUUUGAGUACACAUUAGGGCUUGCUCCUAUCUAAUAAUAGCAACGAUUCCACGCGCUGAGAUGUGGUAUCAACCACUCAGAUCUUUCAUUGUUGAUUUAAAUUUUGGACAAAUUUCAGUGGUAUUUGGUUGUAACAGAAGCAUCUCAUGUACAGGCAACCGUAACUACAAUGUGAUCGGUCGAUUGCAGUUUGCCAGAGGCGGCAGUUACACUGGAGGUAUACUUUCAGGGUUAGGUGAAUAAA